AUGUCUUUAUUGAAUUUUCGCAUAAAUAUUGCUACUGUUUUACUUAAAUCUAGUCCACCACCACCUAUCAUAAAACGUGGUCGACCAUCAUUAGAAUCAAAAUUAAAUGAAAAUAAUUCAACAACAAUGUCACGAGCUACAUCAACUUCAGCUCCACCUUCAAGUACACGAUUUGACAAAUAUGAUCAUUGGCCUACAAUAACAUCAAAAGAACGUUGUCGAAAUAAUGCCUGCAAUGGCUAUACAAGAAUAUCCUGUUCCAAAUGUAAAAUUCGUUUAUGCUUGAACGAAAAAAAUAACUGUUUUACUAAUUAUCAUAAUUAA